UCUCUAAGUCAUUUGGAUGUUUAAUCUAUUAUGCGAGUAAAUCUAAUUAAUUUAAAUUUCUUAGCAAAUACUACUGACAUUAUUCUAUGUUCAUCAACAAUAACUCAUUCACAGAGAUAUAAAGCCUUCAAAUAUAAUGAUUCAAUAAAAUCAUAACAUCAAAAUCAUAGACUUUGGUUUGGCUACAAAAAUUGGAACAACUAAUAACGACAUCUGUGGUACUGUAGGCUAUAUUGCCCCAGAAGUCUUAUGCAUUACUACUUAACAAUCUGUUUACUCAUUUAAGUGUGACAUGUUCGCAGCAGGAGCAAUAUUUUAUAAAUUGUAAUUGUGUGCAUGAUAAUUAAGAAUAACUUCCCAUGACUUAUUCAAAGAGGCUGAAGAUUACGCAAAUUUUUAAUUAAAAUUAGACCUUUUACGAAAACUCAACACUCCUGAAUCUGGGAUUGACUUAUUGCAAAAGCUUUUGGAUUUCAACUAUAAAACUAGAUUGAGUGCCAAAGAGGCUUUAUCUCAUCAUUAUUUCACUGAAUCUCUAAGAGUGUCAGCCAAAAAGUCUUUACAAAUGUCUCAAUAGAAUAUUCUAUUAGCCAAUACUUCUCAAGUUUCUCUGAUUGGUACUUCAGAAACUCCGAUACAAAAUGUUAAUAUUUUCACGUAAAAUCUUAACAGGCGAUUCAGGUUUUCAAUAUAAUUAAAUAAUUGA